UCGUGGAGGUGACCGAGGGCAACACGACCACAAUUGAAGGGAGAAUUGUAGAGGAUGCUGAAACACCAACUCCACCAAACCCCUCUGGCCAGUGUCCCAUCUGUCGCUGGAACCUGAAGUAUAAGUACGAUUAUGUGGACGUCUUGCUACUGAGUCAGUUUAUCCGUUCUGAUGGAGGGAUGCUGCCACGAAGGGUCACAGGACUCUGUUUGGAGGAGCACAAGAAGAUUGCUGUCUGUGUGCAGAUGGCUCACCGUGCAGGUUUGUUGCCAAACCACAGGCCUUCACUUCCUGAGGGGCAUAUUUCCAAGAAACCCAAGCUCAACAGGUAUCUGACCCGCUGGUCUGUCAAAUCUGCAGAGCCCAUCUGGAGGAGGGGCCCUAAGUGGUGCAAAAAAACCAUGCCAGUCGGACACCCUUUGCUGAAGGAUAAUGUCAAGUAUACACACAAGCCUCUCUGUUUAAACCACUAGUGGGCCAGAACUGGCAUAGUCAGGAAGCACAGUUGUUUUCCACUGUUCUGCUUUUUUUUUUUUUUUUUUGCAAGUUUGUCAGUAUCUCCAAUUUUCUUAAUCCAAAAUUGUCAUUCAUUAGUACUCUAUAUUGUCUCCAGUGAAUGAGCUGCGAUCUGCUCCUCUAGGAGAAUACAAGAUUCAGCAAAGCAAAGUUCAAUGUGCAGUAUGAUUUGGAGAAAGCAGGGGGCAAAGACUUUUACCUCAAAGCCAAAAAGGAUCUGAAGGCUUUUGUUUCAUUAUGCUCCACGACUGGGUUUGGAAAAGGAUGUUUCCUUCUUUUUCUAGCAAUGAAUAGUGAUUCCCCAUUAAGGUGUGUUCAACUCAGGUUUGUCUCAUAUGGGCUUUUGUACCUGUGAUACUGUGGAAGAAAAAGACUCCUGCAGCACUGUGUUUCCUUGGGAGUAACAGAAAUUGUUAAUAUCUACU